AAGUGUAUCAUAUCCCACUUCUAAUUCUCACAUUUCUUUCAAUCCUUCAAACAUCUUUGCGUUUUCAUUCUUGAUUGCGUCCAUAACAUGACAGCCAUGAAAAGAAGCAGAGAAGACGAUUUGCGAAUUGAAGCAGAGGCCAUGGCUAACUGCGCCUUAAUGCUUUUGUCUCGUUUAAACAACACGUCAACAUCAUCGACGGAUCAUUAUCACAAUGAUUUUGAAUGCAAGACUUGUAAUAAAUGGUUCCCAUCUUUCCAAGCCCUAGGUGGUCAUAGGGCAAGUCAUAAUAAACGACCAAGAUUACUUGGAGAUUUUGUUAUUGAAGCCAAAAAGAAUAAGAUGCAUAAAUGUUCUAUUUGUGGUAUGGAGUUUUCUUUAGGUCAAUCCUUGGGAGGUCACAUGAGGCGUCACCGUAAUGAAAUUAAUAGAACGUCGACUAUGACAGUCAAAACGACGAUGAUUCCGAUUUUGAAGAAGUCAAAUAGCAGCAAGAGGAUUUUUUGCUUGGACUUGAACUUAACCCCUCAUGAUAAUGUUGAUUUGAAGUUAUGGCCAACGACACCAGUUGCAUCUCCUGUUUUGAAAUGCUUUUUUUAAGUCCCUUUUAGGAUUAUGAAAUUCAAUUUGUACUAUCUAUUUGUUAAUUCUUUUACGAUACUUCAUUGUUUUUCUUGUAUAUUUCCUAAAUUCAAUUAAUUCUUUUACCUACGAUCAAUGAGGUAAUUUAUAUUCAUAUAUGAUAGAUAUGAUUUGAUUUUAA